AUGAUUAAAAAUGGGGAUUCGCAAAAUUCGAGAUUUUCAAAUUUGGAAACUUUCCCCUCUCGCGAAAAGAUACAAGAAUUCUUUAAUUCCGACAAUACUGACGAAGCUUUAUAUAUAGGAAUAAAUAAACUUCGAAAUCAAUUGACACUUGGAAUAAAUAAAUUUGUCGCUAAUGAUAUUACGGAGACGGAUAAUUGGCUAACUCCUGUUUAUGAUUAUAUUAGUACUUUUUCGGAAUGUCGUGAAUUAUUUAAAAUCUGGGACUUACAAAUAGCCAAUAAUAUAACAAAGCUUGAAACAUCUAUAUUAGAACUUUUCGCGAAACUUAUUCAAUAUGCUUCAAUUGUUCCCUCCUUGCGAUCCGCCGGAAUAAUAUUAAUUCGAAAUAUUUUAAAAAAUUAUAUGAAAACUUUAAUCCGGAAUUUAUCAUCUAAUCGAUUACCGACGAUUCAAUCUACACUUAAAUUGUUGGUUAUGAUGAAUUCGUAUGAAGUUACUACCACGAGAGAAUUACUCGAUGAAUUUCCUUUUGGAUUGAAUGGAUUACCAAAAUUAUUGACAAUCAGAAAAGAAGAUAAAUCUCGUUCACAAGAUGAUAUUCGCACUUUAUACAUUCGGUUUAUAUUAUCAUUUUUUGAACACGGUGAUAUUCAAGUCAAAAUUAGGUUGUUAGAAAAAAAAUACUUGGUGAGCUCAAUAUUUAAAGGGAUGAUUAAAGAUUCAUAUGAGUUGGUUAAAGAAAUUUUGAAAAAAAUAAAUGAUCACGUUGUCAACGACAAUAAAAUUGAUAGAAGAACUAAAUUAGCAUUUUUUAAUAUGUCAUUAUUGUAUAAACUCUUGCAACUUUAUUCCAAAAAUGAAUCAGAAUCACCAGAAUCAAAUAAUAUUGUUGCAGAUGUCGUUCAUCAAUUUCUAUUAUCAAUAUGUUGUGAACCAGGCAGAGGAAUAUGUUUUCAUGAUUUUGGAUGGUAUUCUUCUGGUUCUUUGCCCACAUUUGUAUCUAAUGAACAGUUUAAGGAUGAUAAAAAUAUCGGAAUACGCAAUAUUAGAUUGUCUUCAUUUAUAAAAGGAUUGAAUCCUACGCAUGAUUUGAGGCAACGUGAAUUAUUGUUGAAAAUUCUUGAAGCAUGUCCAGAAUUGGUUCAUGUGUAUUGGCAAACUGUUAAAAAUACAUUUGAUCCACCUUUCCUAUCGUUUAGAUGGUUGGCAAAUAUAAGUUUACUUCAAAAGGUGAUAUCAUUACCAGUGCCUUCGUUACACAACUGUUCUACAAAAACGAAAACCCAUAUUUCAACACCUCCUAGAGUAGACGCGAUAAUGGAUAACAUAUUACCAUUAGUUUUUGAUCGUACUAUUACAAACAAAUGUCUUGUAAAUCAAAGUCCUUUGGUUAAUUAUAAGACGAUGAUAACAUUGUGUAUGGCAUUCCAAAAAUUAGAUAAAGUUAUGCUAUUAUUUAAUAAAAUAAUUAAUGAUUUAGAAGUUCAGGAAGAUUUUUCUGCUACAGAUAAUAAAAAAUUACUUUCAUCUUUAUGGCACGAAGUGAUUGAUAAUAUAUUAGAAGAAAUGAAGCGUAGAGUUCCCGAAAUUCAGAAUUUAAUAAAGGUAUAUAAUCUUACAUUAUCAGAUGGAAAAGAAAAAGCAGUUCUGAAGUUGAUUAAAUAUUAUUAUCAAUAUAUACCGGAAUCCAUUAUGGAAAAUAAAUUUGAUAUAGGCAGAAUAAUUCCAGCUAAUCUUUGUAAUAUUCAUUUGGGAAUACAAUUGAAUUUAUUGGAACUAUUAAAUAUUGUUUCUGAAUUCAAUUUGGCUGCAAAGUCAGAUUAUAAUCACUUGAAUAAUAUAUUAUUUCUAUACAUAAGAACUCCGUAUUCCCAGAUUCGUAAAAGUGCGCAACGCGUGCUCGAGAAACUUUUUUAUAAAUCCAUCAUAUUUCAAUACGAGCCAUAUGAAUUUAAUGUUUGGCUCGAAUCUUUACCACAAAUUUUUUCUGAAGAGAAAAUUAUUUAUGAUUAUUACGAUCAAUUUUCAAUAAUAAGAUUUUUUGUUGAAUGUAUUGAGAUUUUUCUCAAAAAUCCAUUUCCAUAUAUUGAUGAAUUAAACAAAAUAACAAUUAUUACUAAUGAUAAACAAGAGGAUUUGAUGGAAAUCGACGGAGUAAAAGAUAAUAAAAAAAGGGAUAUUAGUACUUUAUUAUCAGAAAGAUUAAGAAAUAUUCUCAAUGUCACAGUAAGAGAAUCAGGAGAACGAUUUGAUAAUUAUCCUUUUAGUCCAUUGUUAAUUACUUUAAUGAUGGAAUAUCAGAAAAAUAAAGAUAAUCUUGGUAUCACACUAUUUCUACAAACGUUAUUUCGAAAUUUAUUAUAUAAGCAAAUUACUCCACAAAAAGGACAUUGGGAAGUUAUAGAUUAUUUAAGAAGUCUUGGCGUUAUUUUUCAACAAUAUGUAACGCUUAAAAGAUUAAAUUUUCGAUUAUCUCAGGAUGGGUUUAUAUACAAAUUGAAUAAAGAUGAAUUAAGAGCCACUAAUUUAUGUCAAGCAAUUCUCAAAGACUUUAGAUUGCCUAUUUAUGGUAGUCUUUUUGAAUUCAAAGAAGUUAAGGCCAUUUUGAAUGGAAGAAAAAUGGAUAGCAAAACAAAUACGAAUGAAAGAAGUUCAAAACUUCUUAUAGAAGAAUUCUUAUAUAAUGCGAUUUCUUUCUCCACACUUUUUACGAAUGCCUUAUCUCAUAUGAAUAAUCCAUCAAUAGAACAUAUAUUAAUUAGAUCCAUAUCUUCUUGUUUUUCACCCAAGAUUCUCGAUACUUCAGCUCGUCACAUAAUGUUAUAUAUAAAUUGUAUUUUCAGAAGAAGUCAUCAUCUUAAUUCAGACGUUGGGCAAACAUUGAAAAUAUGCCUAAAUCUGUUAAAAACACUAGUAAUGAGGGUGGUGGAGGAUUUCAUAUCUUGUGAUGAUGAAAUAUCUAUUUGUGAAGAUAUUAUUGAGUUGGUGCUGGAUUGGCCUAUUUUGAAAGAAUUGUUCUUAAUGAACAACUCAUUUGCAAAUUUUCAAGAUGAUCAAACUGUUUGCGAUUUGUUGGAUUACUUGGAUCGAUUUAUUGCUGAUUUAGUAGGUUACUUUGGAAAGAACGAAAACGAGAGAGGCGAUAACAAAAUAUUGAGAAAACGUAAGGAGCUUGGAUUGAAAUACAUUUAUGACUUCAAGAUUAUUCUACUGAACAAGGUUUCCUACUUCUUGCAAGAAAUAGAAACAGAAACAGAUUCUAUGUCUCUAAAUAUGCUUUCAAGAAAGGAUGAUAAUCUUAGAAUGGUAGUUAAAUUUUGGCGAACUUAUUCGUCAUCAUAUGAAAUGGAUAAUAUUUUAUUACGAAUUAUUGAAGCAUUACUUCCUCCGGGAUUUAUUAGUACGGUUAGUAAUACGGUUAAUAACACCAAGUUAUUAUUAAUUGAAGAAAAUGAUUUUCAAUUGGUGAGACAACAUUUAUUAUCUUCCUGGAAAAAGGUUUUUAAUAAGGAUUUUGCGAAAUAUAUUCUGGAAAAUAUGGAAAAUAUGAAUGACAUUAAAGGAGUAACGGUUAGAUCUAGGAUAUUGUCAGUUCUUUUAAUGACUAAUGAUGAUAAACGAGCAAUUUAUUCACUAUCAGAACAAUAUGGAUUGAAAUUAUUUCAAAAUUUAUUAAAAAUUUUAAAAAUUCCAACGUUAACAGAACAAACGAAAAAAGAUGGAGAAAAAAUCGAAAUUUCUAUAAUAAUAUGUUCAUUUUUGAGUUUAUGUCCAUCUUUAAAAUUGUUAAAUGCUCUCGAUCGAUCGAUAUCAUCAAUAUUUCCGAAUGAAUUCAUAAAUAUCUUAAAUGUGGAUUAUUUAAAUAUAAUAGAAUGUUAUUUGAAACUUAAUUACAAGGAUUUGGAUGAAAUAAAAAUCAAAAGAUUUAUUUCUAAUUGUUUACAUCAAACUACUUUAUUUAUGGAAAAUGAUAAAUUCAAAAUUUGCAGUCAUGAAAUGUUGGUAGCAAUUUUCUCUAAAAUUGACAAUUUGAUAAAAUUUAUACCUCAUAAUGUGAAUUUGGAUGCUAACAUUAUUGGAGAAUUCAUUUUCGUUCUUUUGGAAAAGAAUUUUGAAGAAUAUAUGAUUUUGAAAUGUAUAACAUCAUUGAUUUCUAGUGAAUAUAAUAAAGAGCAAUCACUUGGCCCUUCUCUGGAUCGAGUCAUUGAAGCUAUUAUAAACAAUCCGCAUUUUAAAAAUUUAACUAUUUCACCCGAUAAUCCAUUUUUGAUAAAAAUAGAAAUAUUUUAUUUACUUAAUACAAUAUUUCAUGCGAAUCCCAUAACUUGUUGUAAAGAAAUAUUUAUCAAUUCACUUUUAGAUUGUUAUGAAGCAUCGACAUCAUUAACGGAUCAAUUAUUACUUGAUAUCUUUAUGUUAUAUGAAAGAUCCACCAAUUCAUCAAUUGGAACUUACACCAUGCUUUGGGGUUCCGGAUCAUCAACUAACAUUCGAAAAAUUGAUCGACAACGAGGAAUUAUUAUGGGUCAAAGAAUAUUAGUAGAAUCUUUGGAUUUAAUAGAUUCUAAUAAGAUGAUGAUUAGUUUUACACAUUUUCCAAUUGAUAAAGAAUUAGAGUUAACGAAAUCCUUGACAGUAUAUGAUCCUUCAUUCUUUUUACCACUUUUUGCAAGUUUGUUAUCAUAUGGAAAUUUAUUGGAUAUUCGAAAGUUUAUUGAAAUUAAUGCGUUGGGAUUUAUUGUGGUUUCUUUAUCUUCAACUGUUGAAAAAGUGAGAAAGGUUGGAUAUUAUUUAAUGGAUGAAAUAUAUAUUCUUCUAGAGAAUUCUAUUGUUGACCGUAAGAAUGGUGAAUCAAUUCAACGGCUACCAACAAUAAUAACGAUAUUCUUUGCUCAUGCUUUAAAUAUAUUUACAAAUCCUGGACAUUUCAUGUAUCCAGCAAUAAAUAAAUUUUUGUUAUCAAGGCCAUUAAUAGAUUUGGAGGAUAUUCCAAUGUUUUAUAUUCUUUUCUAUUCUUCUUCCCCAGAAAAUCAUCAAAAAGAAAGAGUAUGGAUUUUAAGAUUAUUAUCUGCUGGAUUAAAAACUUUCGAAGAUUAUCAAAUAUAUAAAAGAAGAUAUGUUUGGGAUAUAAUUUCCGGAUAUUAUAGUUCUCAACUUGUUGAUAAUGUUUCUCGUAAACUUAUAAUUGAGAUUUUAUUUAAUGCAACAUCAAUUUCCCAAGUUAUUACUGACAUGAUAUUAAAUCGAGGAUUAUUAACAUGGGUGAAGUUUUUAUGUUUAUCACAAUCUUCUAUUAUUUCUACUACUUCUAUUUCUUCUACUACUUCUACCACUUCCAUUUCUUCUUUUACUUCUAACGAUUCAAUAUUAUUUGGAUUACGAAUAUUACUUCGAGCGUUACAGGGAUGUAAUACUUCAAUAUUAAAAAUCUCAAAUGGUAUUAUAGUUAAACAAGCAAUUUUAAUUACAACUGAAAUGUUAAAUUCCAUAAAUUCAAAUAUCCCUAAAUUAUAUAAACAAAUUAUUAGAAUGUUAUUUGAAUUAAUUGUUAGUAGUGAUAGGCAUAAUUUAAUAAUAGUGAAUAAGAUAAUUAAUAGAGCAUUAAUGAUGGGAGUUUCAUUUGAAGUAGAAAUGAUGAUGGAUUUAGAAGAUUCGGAUACAGAUCGGACAACAACAAUCAAAGGUGAUGAUUCAGAAUUAGAAGAUAGCAGUACCACAAGUCCUAAUAGUGGUGAUGAUAUUAAUAAUAAUAUUAUUGAUAAUAUUAUUGAUAUUAAUGAUAGUCUUAAUACAAGAUCAAAUUCAUCAUCGGAAGGAAUAACUAAUGUUGUGAAAAAUCAUAGGAAACCUGGUAGACCACCUAAAAGGCAACAACUUUAUUUAAGAGGUGGUAGUGUGAAAGGUAGAAAGAAAAGUGAAAUGAAAAGUGAAAUGAAAGGUGGAAUGAAAGAUAGAAUGAAAAGUGGAAUAAAAAGUGGUGGAUUUAAAAGUGGAAUAAAAAGUGGAAUAAAAAGUGAAAUAAAAAGUGAAAUAAAAAGUGGAAUAAAAAGUGGAAUAAAAAGUGGAAUAAGAAGUGGAAUGGGAUUAAGAGGAAUAAGAGAUCAUGAUUCUCAAAUUAUUCAUAGAAGAGCUUUAGGAAAAUUAAGUAUGAUAGAAGAAAAUGACGUUUUUGCCAAGGAUAACGCCGGACAAACAAAUUUACAUCGAGCUUGUCAAGAAGAAAAUUUAGAUAUGGUGAAAGCUUUAAUUUAUGGUGGUGCCGAUAUUAAUGUUCGUGAUAAUGCUGGUUUAACUCCACUUCACGAAGCUGUAAAUGCUCAAAAUUUUGAUAUCGUACAAUUCUUAUUAGAAGCUGGAGCAAAUCCUAAUAUAGGUGAAUCCGAUGUUGUAGAUACUCCACUUCAUGAUGCUGUAAAUUUAGGACAUGAAGAUAUAAUUUCAAUUUUAAUAAGUUACGGUGCAGACCCAGAUAAAACUAAUUUAACCGGAUUAACUCCAAAAAUGUCGGCAAAAGAUGAUCCAAGAAUUUUAUUAUUACUUAAAUCUGUUAAUACAGUUAAAGAACCAAAUUCAUUAAUAGUUCAACAAAAUGUGGAAAUGAGAUCUGCUGAAGAAAAUAGAAGAAUUUUAAUGGGUGAAACAGGACGUUCUACUCGUUCAUCUAAAAUGUAUAAUUAUAGUUACAAUAAUAGAUAUGGUGAUAGAAGUAAAUAUAAUGAAAGUUUAAGGAAUAAUGGAGCUAGAGGAAUAACUUCUUCAAAUGAGGUUUUAAGAUUAGAUCUUUCAAUUGAUUCUAAAACUGGUCGUAGUAGAUUACAUCAUUAUUCAAAAUUGGGUCAUGCCGAAGCUGUUGUAGGAAUAUUAGAAAUGGAUUCUUCCAUAAUUAAUUUGGCUGAUAAAUCUAACCGACGUACUUCUUUACAUGAAGCUUCAAUAGAAGGUCAUCAUGAUAUUAUAGGUUUUUUAUUAGCAUAUCAAGCUAAUAUUAAUGCUCAAGAUAAAUAUGGAAAUACUCCUCUUCAUUAUGCUUCAUUUUAUGGUCAUAUCGAAGUAAUUAAAUUACUCCUAGAACAUAAUACCGCUCUCGAUAUAAAAAAUGAAGAUGGUAAAACUCCUUUAGAUAUGGCGAGAGAUAGAAAACAUAUUAUACAAUUGCUUUUGUCGUGUCCUCCCCCACCACCAAUAGAUUCAUAUUCAUAUCUACCACCAACAGUCACAUGUCAACCAACAGUUUCAUGUCAAUCAACAGAGUCAGAUUCGUUUCCACCGACGGAGUCAUAUACAGAGUCACACACGGAGCCAUACACAGAGCCAUACACAGAAGAGUCACAUACAGAAUCAUGUGUAUUAGUAGAUUCAUUUCCAAAAACGGAUCCAUAUUUAACAGAUUCACGUACAGAGCCACGCGUGGUAGUAGAUUCUGAAAUACAAACAUCUCAAAAAGAUAAUAAUAAUAAAAAAAAUUCACAAAGUGGACUUUAUGAUACAGAUCCUUUAUUAUUAUCGAAUGAUUCAGAACCCAUAUAUACAGAUAUAGAUUCAAUGUCGUUUUCAUCAGAUAUCGAAGAAGAUGAAGCCCAAGAAUCAUCAUCACCAAAACCGAUAAUUAAAGCUGGACCAAUAUACGCAUUUCAAUUUGAUCCUAAUAUUGAAGGAUAUCCAUUAGUUCCUUACACGGGUGACGAAGAUGCUAGAUUUGUGAUUGAUAUUCAAAUUGAAAAAUAUUUAGAAUGGGAAAGAGGAAAUUUAAUGAAAAAGAUGAUUCAAAAUAUGUCUAGAAGGAAAGUUACGCUUGAUGAGAAAAGGAUGUUAUGGCCUUUAUUAAAUAAAGAGAUUUGGAGAGAACCGGUACCUGAACAUUCAUUUGAUAAUAUUCAAACCAAACGAAGGGCUCAAUUUGAUAAAUGGGAAUUACAUUUUAUUAAGUAUCCCGAUAUAUUGAAAAUCAUAAGAGGACCUUGGCAAGAACGACAAAUAGGCGAACUUAAAAUAUUUCCUAUUGAUAUAGUUAGUAAUGAAAUUAUGGACGAUGGAGAAGAAUCCGAUUAUUAG